CAACAGGUCCUACCACGGCCCAAGUUAUCUGUCCAGUUUCCGCCUGUUCAUCCCGGCAUUGCAUUACUCCAACUUUUGGGCCUUGCUGCUUGUUGAACCGAGGGGAACGGGCUAAAGUGAAGUCCCUAGACGCGAGGCUCGGAGCGAUCGACUCCAUCGACCAACGACAUCCCGUUCCAUCCGUUCGAUACCCUCGACAACCUCCUGUCGCGUGCGCCAAUCUCCACCGAACGUCCCGGCUGCUCCGCGCCGUGAGAAUCGCAUCGACAUGCCGAGCGUACAAAGCUUCAACACCGUUAGAGCCCGGUCCUAUGUGUCCCGGCUUCCGCUCUUCACUCGGAUAAUAGUGGUGAUAAUUUUCGCCUUCUGGGCGGCUGGAUUCCAGUCGGUGUUGGACUUGCAGAAAUGGGGAGCCCUGAUCCCUGAUCAGAUCAGCAUUACCGCAGCAUACCGACUAUCGACGUUCCCAUUAAUCCAUUUGAACUUCAUCCAUGCGCUCCUCAACGUGCUGGCCUUGACGCCGCUGAUGGAGAGGUUUGAGGCCGAGUAUGGGACUUUGACGACUCUGGCCCUGUUUUUCGGACCGUUGACGACGAUCCCGGGCGUGCUAUACGUGGUGAUCGAGAGAGCCAUCUUGCGGGCGAACAGUGAGGUUGUAGGCGCGAGCCUAUGGGUGUUCUUGUUGCUGGGUAUGGAGGCCAUUCGAACCUACAAGACGAAUCCGUAUCUCGUCAUUGGCACCGUUCAUAUCCCCACUUGGACGACACCGCUGCUCUUGAUCUUGGUGGUGGCGGCUUUGGUCCCGAGGACUAGCUUCCUGGGCCAUCUAUGCGGUGUUAUCGUUGGAUACGCUGCUGGUUUCGGCUAUGUGAAAUUCCUGGCUCCUCCGGAGUGGGCGCUUCGCUGGAUUGAGUCGCGCCUUAACCUGCUGGCGAUCCUCCCGCAUUAUGUGAGCGUCGACCAGAAAACCUACGGGCGAUUCGGCGUGUUGCCAUCUAACAACCGGACCGGCCCUGGCGGUAGUGCGGCGACGGAGCUUGUGGGAACUACACAGCGCCUGGGACCUUGAACGUGCGUGUGUAUUCAUCUGGCAAUGGCACAGCAUCAUCUUUUGUAAUAUAGAAUGGCAUUGUACUUGGGAAUCAUUUCUGGGUCACUGGUUGGCGUGGCAUUUAAAAGACGGGAUGCUAGAUGGGCCGAUUUGUCGGAUGGUCUGACUCGACCAACUCCAUUGUUACCGUCGUUGUUUAUGUUGUAUGGGAUGGGAGCAACUCGGGAUGCCGUCAUGGACAAUACAGACGGAGGCAGCGAUGACGGGUCGAAUGUACUUCAUUGAUUGGUAGCGCUCAGAUACUCAUUGGCCAAGCCGGCAGUGGUUUUGUUUAUUAAUAUAUUCGUGCCCUUGGGCACAAAAUCAAAA